AUGCCUCCAGGUGGCCUUCUCUCGCUCCGGCAGACAGAAGAACGUGUUCGUCAGGAUGAGGCGGUGUUCUGCGCAGGUGCGGAGGAGAAGCAGGCCGUUGUCGUUGGAGCCGCGGACACCGUGAGGACACAGCACUCCCCUCCAGGCAGUAUGGUCUGUGCCGACGCGGGCGUUGAAGUCACCAAGGACAAUCAACUUGUCCUCCUUCGACACAGUCGCCAAGAGGGCAUGCAGGUCCUCGUAGAAUUUGUCUUUGACGGCGUCGGGGCUGCUCAUCGGCGGAGCGUAGGCGCUGAUGAUGGUGGCGAACUUGCCUCCUCGCCGGAGGGGCAGGCGGAGGCUCAUCAGGCGAUCGUUGAUUCCCUGCGGUAG